AUGUCCCUUCUUGUUUCUGUUUCAGUCACCGAGAAGGAGAUUCGUCAAUGGCACAAAGGAUUCCUCAAGGAUUGCCCCGAUGGAUUGCUAACAGAACAGGGCUUCAUAAAGAUCUACAAGCAGUUCUUCCCCCAGGGUGACCCGUCAAAGUUCGCCUCCCUCGUCUUCAGAGUCUUCGACGAGAACGCCGACGGCACGAUAGAGUUCGAGGAGUUCAUAAGAGCGCUCUCGGUGACGUCGCGCGGAAACCUGGACGAAAAGCUUCACUGGGCCUUCCGUUUGUACGAUGUGGACAACGACGGCUUCAUCACGAGGGACGAGAUGUACAAUAUAGUCGACGCGAUAUAUCAGAUGGUUCCGCAAGCCGAGGACGAGAAUACACCGCAGAAGAGGGUCGACAAAAUCUUCGACCAGAUGGACAAGAAUCACGACGACAAGCUCACGCUCGAGGAAUUCCGGGAGGGUAGCAAGGCCGAUCCGAGGAUCGUUCAGGCGCUCUCCCUGGGCGGCGAGUAACCUCGAUUUUCAUCAUGAGCGGCAUGCGAACCAUCGAAAUCGGGAGCCUCCACGGCGUCGUCAUUAUUGUAAUUGUCGGCGCGAGCUGAGCGAGCCGCUCGUCUCGAUAAUCGGCAGAUGAGAAAAGAUUUUCUGUGAGAAAAGGCAAGUCCACAUCCGCGCGGUUUGGCAUGCACGUAUAAUAGAUGGGCAAUAAUGUGAGUAUAAAAGGCGUCGGAGAUGAUGAGAAUUUGCGAAUAUUUUUGCGGAAAGACUUCUCGUCGAAGAGUUAGUCUCUGUUACUUCUUUUCUACUCUCUCUCUCUCUCUCUCUCUCUUUCUCCGUCUCUCUAUUUCUAUCUCUCUAUACUUAUAUCUCUCGCUUUCGGAGAAGAUCGGUUCUCGUUCCCCGUUGGUGAAUCGAUCCCUCCACCCUUCGUUAACGAUUCAAUUUCGAGAAUCUCGGUGCUAAUAUAACAAUAGAUGUAUAGCGUUCGAGGAGAGAUCGUAUAGCUUUCAAGGAAACAUGGCAGAUUACAUUUUUAGCUAGAGAGCGUGCAAAACUUGGAUAGAAAUGAAUUGUUAAUACGAACGAUGAAGAUAUAUAUAAAUUACGGGGAGAGAUUUCCUGUCGGGUCAUUCUCUCGCCUCGAGAGCAGUUUUUCUUUUUUUUAUCACGUUGCUCUUCCACCCUGCCUCGUUUUUCUCGUUGGCAAAGUAACGUCAUGGUAAUAUGGGUAACGAAUAAAAUUCGAAUACACUGGACACGAGUACGUCGCCCGAAUUUUAACGAGGCUCUCCGGGGUUAUUUCCGUUUACUGCAGAGCUGCUCCACAUUAGGAAAAAGGGAGGAAGAAUGGAGGUAGGAGGGUGGGAAUAGUAGGGAAAUUGCAACUGGAAUAAGCAUUCAAAUGCGGACUGAUCGUGCAUUGUGUGCGACGUUGCGUAACGAGUGCAACUACAAACAAAAAUUCCACGGAGUCACAAUGAGCUCGUAUGUAUUUCAACAACGCGAAAAGAAUCGGGAGAGACGUGCAAAUUUCACAACGAUGAAUAGCGCAAUAAUAACAGUAUAAUUCAAUUAUUAUCCUUUUCUUUUUUUUUUUUACACGAUGCGGCUCUAAAAAAUAAAUUCGUUCGUCAUUACAAAUUCAAUCGUCGAACGUAAAUAUUAACACGGAUUUUAUGUAACGUUACUUGAUGUAAUGCUACCGCCUAGAAAUAUUGCAAAUUAUUCAUUUUCAAAUGUCAAAAAGCAGCAGCAUCGAGUACUAACGAGCGUUGCGUGCUACUAACAAAAUUGCAUCGUCGAUUUAACGCCGGACACGGCGUCAUUUGCGUGUGAUUUCUUAACGAAUGGCGGCAUCGUCAUGAGAGUAUCGGGUAAUCUUGCGUAACGCAGCAUCAGACGGCGUGGCAAAAAUUCGGAGAUACUGACGGGGACGAUGACUGAGCACAGGUGAGAGAUGAAUAAUGGCAAUCUGCUUUUCGAUAUUAAUAAGCGUUUUACGUCACUUACACGAUGAAGCGAUCGGCAAUACAAUUUGCCAACUGCAAUACACGUAUUAUCAAUGUAAUCUUCGCCGGAUUAUAGAAUCGAAGAAAGGCGCGAGAGAUAUUUGAGAAAGAAUAUGAACGUACAUACAUAUUUUUUCUUAAUUGUAAUAGAAAAGGUUAUAUUAUUAUUGACUCCUAUAAUAGAAUAUCCAGCAGAAGUUACGCGAACAACAUUCUAAAAGAAAAUGGGGCUAACGAAAAUAAUAGAAGAGCUUACUAAAUGCUGAGUACCGUAAUGGCAAGCGAUCGUCGAAUAUUAAUGAGCAAAGUUGCAUCUGCUUCGUGAAUCUCUUGUAUUGUUAUCCCUGGAUCCACUUUUUAAUCAUAAUCUUUUCAAUCGCAAUCAUCGACGCUCUUGACGCUUUCAAACUUCAACGACCUAAAUCUUCAUAUUCAAGAUGAUUCGAGUGGAAUAAAGCUAACGAUCAAUAAAGAAAAAGGUACCUGGCGUCAUUUGGAACAGGUCAUUUUUGCCUAAAAAUUGAAUGAACUUACGUGAAAAAGGGACGGAAAGAACACGGUAAUCUACAUUUUUUGCAUAAUGGCGAUCAAUUAAUCAUCAUCGUAAAACUUCCAUCGAAUAUUAAAGCGGAAUUAAAGAUACGAAAAGCGGAAGAGAGAGAGAGAGAGAGAGAGAGGAAUAUCAGAUUGAAAUAAAGCGAGCGUCAAGUGUGAGUAAGUUAAAAGAGGCAAAGGUCGCGCCCGGGGCGAUCUUCACACGUCGCGGCAGAUGCGAUUAAGACGGGGACGAGAGGAUAUGAUUCACGUCGAAAAUUCGGCUUGAUUGACGCGAGUGAUGUUCUGUAAUGAUGCGGCGUGUUGCGGAGACAAUAAAGCGAGACGAGGAGCGAAAUGCGAUAGCGACUUGGAUUUAGUUACCGGGGACGACCGCCGACGACGUGGCAUUAUUGGUACACGGAUUUAUCGGAAUUUCGGAUCUCCUGUUCUCCGAUAUUAAGGAGAGCGUCAGAUGGUCGUUGGAUAAGAGCGGGGAAAAUCCAGUCCGCGACAGAGCGAGAGCGUCAAGGACGAUUAAAGGGAGUCGAGUGGUAAGUAGAGGUGGAUAGAGUAGAGACGCGCCACGUCUUCCCGAUCGAUCCGUUCCGCAUUCCGCGGGAUACGGCCGACGUACAAAUGCGGCCGACGAGCUUAUGCGGAGAACAAAAGGAAGUGCUGGGGAAAGUGCGAGAAUCACGAGGAGAGAAGAAGGAGCGCGAUACCGAGAGCGGGACGGGGAGGGGCGAGGAGGUCGGUUGACUAUGUCGAUGGCGUUUCUUAUAGGAUACGGGGAUCGUGGGAGGAUGGAUUCCUCUCGACAAUGAGGAGGACCACGGGAAGCGCGAUCAUAAAUCUUGCCACGUGGUUCGUGACCUCUCACGGAGAGGUUUUGAAGAAUAAACCGACGUUUACACGGGAGCGAACAGUUGUCGUUGUCGCCGAGGAAAUUGGGAAAAUAUCUCGGGAGGACAAACACCGGAGCUCGGACAGAGAUAGCGGCAAGUUAAAUAAGCUCCGGAGUAAAGGAUCGUCCGAUGACUUAUGAAAAAUGCAUAGGCACUUGGUCCAGUGCCGUCAUGCAAUAUGUAGUCCGUUGCCGCCGAAAGUGCAUAGCGGCGCGUAAAAAUAAAGUUUUGGUGGAUCAGCUUCAGGACAACCGUCUGCUAAGCUUCCUUUUCUUCUUCGGGAACGUGGUCACUGUGCAGCUUUAUACCGCUGAAUCGAGCGGUAUGGAAACGGGUGCAGUAAUUAAAAUCGCGAAAACACAAAAAUGAAAAAUUCAUUUAUUUUAGCGACGAAAAAGAAGAGUAAAAUAAACACGAAUGCAAUCGCGUUAACGAGCGAAUUUUUUUCAAAUGAAUUUACGCCCUCGAAAGAUUUCGCCGCAGCGGAGAAUUUUAACGCAGAGGUAAAAGAGAUAAGUUUGCGAGGGUGAAUGAAGAAAGGUCGCCCUUUGGAAAGCUAGAAUUCACGGUGCUAUUGAAUUUUCAAAACAGCGCCGUACCUCUUUCUAUCGCUUUCUAUCUGCCAUCUAUUCUCCGAUUGGGUGACUCUAAAGCGAAAAAAGAUACGAAUUUCAACCUACAUAAGAAUGAGAAAAAUGUCGUGUAACCGGCAGCAAAAAUUCACAAGCUCGGAAUAUGACUCUAGAGUAAAUGUAAAUGCGACUCUGCGAAGCGCAUGUUAUUGUUCUAAAUAAUGCGUUCGCAUACGUUUGUAGCAGGGCGACAAAAAUUUCACGCACUGGAGAUGGCGCUCGGAAAGAAAUUUGACGCGUAAUAAAAUCCGAGAUAUUACGAAAUGGACGUCCGAUAUGAUAGACAAUGUUAAUUUCACAAGAUGUACUUGGCGUUGUAAGUUCGCGACAUAAAUCACCGCUUGAUGCUCUAUUAUCUCGGGUGAUUUAAGAAACCAUUAUUCAUUUCGCACAUGGGUAUCAAACGUAUGCGAAAUACAAUACAAUGAAAUUCCAUGAAUCUUCUGGACUUGUCGCUUUUUUCGAGCGCUGCAUUAACGCCACCGCACGAUCCUCGAUACAUCUUUCGUAUAUUUCAAUACAACGCGUUCUCAUUCCCUUUUUUACGAAACGGCUCGCCUAAAACGGCUUCGUAUCGCGAUAAAUACCACUUUACCCUAUGCACAGCAAUCCCUUUUAGCGGAAAAAAAAA